AUGGAAAUGUACACAGGGAAACUGCCUGGAGAAGAAAUCAGGGGAUGUGUGGCAUUUUAUGACUGUGAGGUGCGUGGCAGCCUCACUCUGGAAGAUGGCCACAAUGUGUGCGUCCAGUGCCUGGGCACUGAACAUGCCCAGCGGGCGCUGGCAGACCACACCUUUUGCAAGGACCUCAGCAUUGGCUGGACAAUAAGGACAACCGUGGAAAAAACGAACAGAAGGAAGCAAGAUGGCUGCCCUUUAGGAUUUGUUAAAAAGGAGACCCAGGCUGUUUCUGUUGGAGUUCUGCAAGGUGGAGGGAAGCAAAAAGAGGUACGUUCAGAGGGCAGCCUUGUGGAUGGACCCAGAGCAGACCAGAUAGAAUCGGAUAAGACCAGUCAUGUGGCAGACAAGAGACUGAAUUCACUGUUAUUAGCACAUCCUACUAAUGUCCAUCAGAUCGAAAAUCUGAACACAAAAACGCAGAAUGGAAACCAAUUACCAGAAGCACUCCCACAGCAAAUCAAUGGAGAUAACAAUUGGAACUAUUUUAAAAGUAACUUGGGAGUCAGCCAAAUGAAGAGGCAACAGGAAAACAGUUCAAGUCCUGCAGUAAUGCAAGACUUAAUUAAAAAUACACCCUAUAUUCACAAUGGUGGGAUAAAGCACGCUUUUAGUGAAUCGUCUUUACUGGGGCUUCAUGAGUCCAGAGAAGUCCGAUUAGAUUUGGAGGUAAAUGGCCAAGAAAGUAAAGUAGAAGAAAACAAUGUGAUCAAUGUAUGUAGCAAAAAAGAAGCUCUGGGGAUAGCAAGGAUACAAAAUAGUUUUCCAGAACUAAAAAAGCCUUUAGAGUGUGAAUGUGACGGUCCGGAAUGCCAUAAACUUCAGAGACAGAAGGAAAGCAGUCAGGACAAGAAAAACUGUAACUACUACAAUGGGGACAUUUUCUCUCUAUCCAGGAACAAGCAAGUGCCAGUCUCCAAUGGUGCUAUAGUUUCUCCUUCCUCCAUGGAAAACAUUCACGGUGACCUCCUGGAAAAAACAUUGUCUCAGUAUUACCCAGACCAUGUUUCCAUUGCAUUGCAGAACAAUGCAUCUCAGGAACAUGCUGUCAAAAGCCCUGUUGCAAAUGACUUGCCCAUCGAGGCAACACAUUCACCCCAUACCCCAGAUUUGGCAAUUUCACAACAGACCUCUGCUUCUACACAUUCUGAAGUGCCAGAUACAGUCUCCCCACAGGUCCACACCCCUGAUAUCUGUAAUACACCAGUGAGCACAGACAACUACCUAAAUGAGUUUCAAGGAGAGCCCCAGCAGCUUCAACAUCAGCAAUCAUACAACCUGCAGAACGUUCCGGUGACAACUGAGCAAUGUCACGAGGGGCAGGGCCCUGGCAAAGUCCAACCUGCAAGACCUGGGAGCAGUUUACAAGGUCAAACAAACACAGAGUGUUUCUCUAAUGAAUCUGAGACACCAGAUAUGUUCCAUAAACCAAAUGCAGUGUUAAGUGUAGAGCCCUAUUCUGGGGAAGCAGACGGAUUCAACCCUUUUGAAAACUUAACUGAAAAAGAUCUGGAAAGCAUAAUCAAAAACAAGGAAUCUAAAACUGGGCAUCGGUCACCGGCUCCCAGUCUGCUCUUACAGCCUCACAACCUUCAACACAGGGUGUCAUAUGCUACACAGCAUCAGCUGCUGGACUAUAAUGCAGCUGAAAUCAGUGGCAUUCUGGGCUCACCUGCGCUACCUAACCAGCUACCUCCUCCACAUCUGAUUCGAGAUACACCAAUUUCUGCAAAUGAUCUGAAACCUCAGCCGCCUUAUCAGCAGGGACAGAAAGCUCUUCAGCACCUAACGGCCCAGCAAAAGCAAGGCAACGAGAUGGAAAAUGAAAUGCCCUUUAAUGGAGAAGCUGGCAAAAUAUUACAGCAGACACACUCCUAUCCUCUGUUGAAUUGGAUAGAUCUGAAUUCUUCGCAGCUUUCGCAGCAAGGAGUCCUGUCUCAGACGUGGAAGAAUUUAAAUUUAUUGUCACAGCAACAUAAGCAGAUGCAGAGUCAGGGGGAAACCCAUACACAGAAUACAGAGGCAGUGCAAGGCUUCCAAAUUCAGGAUUUCCAACAGUCAAAGCAACAGGAGCAGCAGAUGCCCCAAAUGUACAAACCUAGUUUAGCACAGGAUCAAAUCCAGCAGGCUGCUGAAUGGCAACAACAGAAUUCAAAAAACAAUCCAGUGGUACAAGCAGAGACUCACAUGCAGCCAAACAUUCUGCACCAUGGAAACCAGCAGUGCAGUCUGUCCCAAGAGCAGGUACAACAUCAGUUUCAGCCCCAGAUACAGCAAGAGCACUUAUGCGAUAAUACCCAGGAUGUACAGCAAAUGCUGUCAUCAGAGUUUUUACAGGAGCAGCAACCACAUCAACCUCAGUCUGAACAGCAACAGGUACAGCAUGUCUUGCAGCAACACUCUUCUCAAGACACUAAGGAUAUAAAAAUGGGUCCAGCACAAGAGUCUCCUCAAAGGCCAUUUGAUCGGCAGCUCUUGAAUAGGAUGAAGUUGGAGGACUACAUAAGGUUAGAAAAGCAGCUUAAAACAUCAAACUAUGAAUCCCACCAAAUACAGACAGAAACAUUUGCAACUUCUCCCAGUAAAGCUGUAGAUCCAUACUUGGAAUCAACGUUACCAAAUACCCAGCCUCCCCAAAAUAACUUUUCAUAUGAGAAAGCCAAUGGUAGUAUUCCUCAGGAACAAUAUAAGUUCCACAAAAUGCAAGAUAUGCAGCAAACAAAGCACUCUCCAAGUACUGGAGUCCCAAAGCAAUACUUGCAACAGCAACAAAUCCUAGAGCACGGACAGCAAUUGAAUCACAUGGGGAUCCCUCCACCACCACAGCAACAACAACUUGAACCAGGGCAAAGUUCUUUGAACCAACAGGUCAUGGGCCAUAUCCAUUCACAGAGAUAUACAAAAUCAGAAUCAUGUGAACCCUGUGCUAAAACCCAUCCACAACAGCUCCCAAAUCAAAAUCACAAGCAUGCUGCACUUCGGUGGCACCUGUUGCAAAAACAGGAACAAGCUUACCAUCAAAACUUGGAGGAGUUUAAAACUACACUGAAGUCCAUCAAAAGUGAACACAAUCCUCAGUCUGUGCCUUCUGUGCCCACGCAAACCAGAGAAGUGGGAAUUGCAAUGAUGGGACACACAAUUAAACAAGAAUUCCUGCCGUCGAACUGUGAGCAGAAGAGCAUCAUUGCCACGAUGGAGCAGCAACUCAAACAGUACCAGCUCUCCCCCUUGUUUGAAAGAAAAGAUAUGAUUAUAAAGUCACCCAAGCAGGUUAAAGUUGAAACGGCAGGCGCUGUAACCAUUCUGUCAACCAACGUCAACCUGGGAGGGGAGGACAAGAGGAUGUCCUCUGAUUUUACACCAACCAAGAGAACUACAGACCACAACCUUAACAAUUUUUUAGAGUCUCCUCUGAAACUGCUGGAUACUCCUAUCAAAAACCUACUGGAUACACCAAUUAAAACUCAGUAUGAUUUUCCAUCCUGUCACUGUGUUGAACAACUCAGUGAGAAAGAUGAAGGUCCCUACUAUACCCAUCUUGGAGCUGCGCCAAAUGUAGCAGCUAUCAGGGAAAUCAUGGAAACUAGGUUUGGCAAAUCUGGAAAAGCUAUCAGGAUUGAGAAAGUUGUCUACACAGGGAAGGAGGGAAAGAGCACACAAGGGUGCCCCAUCGCUAAAUGGGUGAUGCGCAGGAGUAGUGUGGAGGAGAAGGUGCUUGUCCUGGUGCGAGAGCGGGCUGGCCACAGAUGCGAAACUGCAACCAUAGUUAUCCUGAUCCUGUUGUGGGAUGGCAUCUCUACUACUCUUGCUGACUCACUGUACACAGAGCUGAGUGAAACCUUGCGGAAACAUGGUGCUUUCACGAACCGGAGAUGUGCAAUAAACGAAGAGAGAACGUGUGCUUGUCAAGGGCUGGACUCAGAGGCAUGUGGAGCUUCUUUCUCCUUUGGCUGCUCCUGGAGUAUGUACUACAACGGCUGUAAAUUUGCCAGAAGCAAAGUCCCCAGAAAGUUCAGGCUACUAGGGGAUGACCCCAAAGAGGAAGAAAGACUAGAACAGAAUCUGCAGAGUCUGGCAACUUUGAUGGCACCAGCUUACAAACAAAUGGCUCCUGAAUCGUAUGGUAACCAGAUUGAACAUGAACACAGAGCCCCAGACUGCAGAUUGGGCUUGAAAGAAGGCCGUCCAUUCUCAGGGGUGACUGCUUGUCUGGAUUUCUGUGCUCAUUCACACAGAGACCUGCAAAACAUGCAGAGUGGCAGUACUUUGGUAUGCACUCUAACUAGAGAAGACAAUCGGGAAAUUGGAAAAUUACCAGACGACGAACAACUCCAUGUGUUGCCUUUAUACAAAGUUUCCCAGACUGACGAGUUUGGAAGCUUUGAAGCUCAGCAAGAGAAGGUUAAAACAGGUGCUAUCCAGGUGCUGAACGGUUACCGUCGGAAAGUCCGAAUGCUUGCUGAGCCUGCCAAGACCUGUCGCCAGAGGAAGCUGGAAGCAAAGAGGGCAUCAGCAGCCAAGCCUUCAAACCAGGACACACUAAGCAAGGCAGACAAGGCUAAUCAAGCACGACUAAAGCAAAGCACUUAUGACAACACAGCCCAAAGCACACCAACGCCAGGUCCUCAUGCUGCUCAAGGUCACAUUGGGGCGUCACGGGCUGGUGCCCAACAACAUUCUCUUUCCAAUCACCUGCAAAAGAAUCCUCCAAACCAAUAUCCUAGUUCUCUGCAUCCAUCAAACUACCCAACAUUUCCUAACCCAGCAAAUCCAUAUCCAAGCACUUCCCAACCUGCAGGGUCAUAUCCAGUCUCCUCAGCCCCUGGGAAUCCUUAUUCAAGUAGUUCUUUAUGUGUAGCAAACUCAUAUUUAAAUGGGUCAAAUCCCACAAACCCUUAUCCAGGUUCUUUAAACCCCAGCAACCAUUAUCCAGGUUAUCAAUGCAAUGGAAACAUGCUGAUGGACAACUAUCACCACUUUAUGGGCUCUUACGGUUCAAAUCCCCAACAUAUGGAUGCCAUUCGGCAUCAAAGUUCAGAAGCUUUGAACAAGCUGGGUUUGUCACAGGUUCCAUCACUUUAUUCUCAGCAGCAAUAUGGCAGCCAUCAGGGCUAUGGAAUAAGUUACCCCCCUCGUUAUGGUGAUCACAACAUGCAGAUCAAUGGUUACAGUAACUGCAACAUGAGACCCAAUGUACAUCACAUGGGUCCCUAUUCUUCUUUUGGCCCAGACCACCACGUGGACCCUCAUUUUAUGGAGGCCAUUCCUCGAACACCAUCUUCUCACUCAGGUCUGGACUUUCCAGCAGUUAGCAAAGGCACUCAGUACCCUGGCUAUCCCAAUCCAUACCUAGUACAGAGACAAAAUUCUGCAAUGCUCAACAUACCCCCUGAUUCUUUUCAUAUGCAAAAUAAAAAUGAAAUGAAUUUGCAUAGCUCAAAUGGGAUAUCAAGGAUGCUUCCUUCAAUGAUAAAUGAACCUUCUAAUCCUUCCCAACCUGUGUAUGGGUUGUAUGAUGGUAAUAUUCAGGUGAACCCGGCACAAUCUGCUGCUGCUCCUGCACAGAAUGCUAAAGAAGUUAAUGAGGAGGUUUGGUCAGACAGCGAGCACAACUUCCUGGAUCCAGAAAUUGGCGGAGUUGCCGUGGCACCCAGUCAUGGCUCAAUUCUAAUUGAAUGUGCAAAGAGAGAGCUCCAUGCGACAACCCCGCUGAAGAAUCCCAACAGGAACCAUCCCACCAGGAUCUCGCUUGUGUUCUACCAACACAAGAGCAUGAACGAGGCCAAACAUGGCCUGGCAAUGUGGGAAGCCAAGGUGGCAGAAAAGGCUAGAGAGAAAGAGGAGGAGAGUGAAAAGCAGGGCUCAGACAACAUGCCAACCAAACACAAUGGCAAAAAGGUCAAGCGGGAGCAUUCAGAAACGAGCGAGCACUCGGAACCACCGUACAAGCGCUUCAUCCAAACCCUCUCGCAAAAGUCCAUGUCCCUGACAACAGACUCCGUGGUGACAACAUCUCCAUACGCCUUCACACGAGUCACAGGGCCUUACAACCGUUUUUUUUAGCUUUGCAUUCAGGUUUGAUAUGCAGAUGUCUAGGUCUAUAACUAUGGUUGCUAACAGUUGUAAAACCUCAGCAUACCAGACUGUUUUUCCUAUCCACACACUAUCUAAAGCUCAUCAUAAAAGAACAUCUGUGGUAAGUAUCUGGGAAUAAGACAAGAUGAUCCUAUGCAACAGUUUUGAUUUCAUAUUAUAGAACUACUGUAACUGUACUUUUGUAGUUUUACUGUAAACAGACCUCUUCAAUGACUGAACUUUAGUAACUCUGGUGUGACAGCAUGGCAGUAUUUGUUUACGAAAUACAUAACUGCCCUCUGGUGCUUAUUGUACUAAAGAUCAGGACUCCUACUGGUAUCAAAGAUUUCAUAUGGUGUUGUUUUUAUAUAAACAAUUUGAUUUAUCAAUAUCAUUUAAUUUGAAAAUAGUAACACUGACUUUUAGGAUUAUUUAAGUCAUGGUGCUAAAAAAAAAAAAAAAGGAAGAAGGCUGUCUUUAAUAUAAAGUUUCCUUUUAAAUACCUUUGUGUUCUAUGAAACAUUGGUUUGUGUGUUUCCAGACAAGGGGCUUUUUAACUCAACUAGCAAUGUAAUUGCUUUAAAAUUAAAUUUUCUACAUUUUAAAUGUAGAACUCUUGAAGACAUCUGGGUUGUACUGAAGUCUUUAUCUAUGAAAUAUGGUGGAUUUUAUAAAAUACUGGUGUUUGUAAAGCACUUUGUGGAUUUAAGCUUAAAGUGUUGGAAGGAUGAAAGGGUACCUUCAAAUUAAGAUUUUACUGUAACUUUUAUGAUGCAAAAAAAGCAUCAACAUUUAUUUAAUAUUGCAGAUGGGCUACAUUUUUUAUAUGAUUAGUUACAGUGCAGUUGGGACUUACUGGAUGCAAAUAGAAUUUUUACAUAACCAUUUUUGGUGCUUAUCUUACAGUUAUACUGAAAAGAACAGCUCUUUUUAAUUCAAACACAUACUGAUACUUUUAAAGAUGCAUUUUAGGAUAGAUGUUAGUAACUAAACUAAUUACUAGCAUGUUUUUAUGUUACACAAAAACAAAUCGCAUAGGCCGAUUGUCUGCUCUGAAACUGUAUAUUAUCGAGCAAUAAAAAUCAUAACAGGUUCAUUUUAAAAUGAAUUACUUAUAGUUAUAUCAAUGACUGAUCUCAUUGUGAACAUUAUCUUUGUAGAAAAAGGUACAGGAAGCUGUUAUCUGGGCAAGGGAGGUGAAACAGGGUUAGCUGUAUGUAACUGUAAUGAUUUCCAAGGCAGCUGGUUUGCUGUGGGGAAGGGGUUAAAUCAUUGUAAUCUAUAACCUAGUUGUAAAAAAAAAAAAAAAAGAAAAAAAAAAAAAGAAAAAAAAACAAACAAACAAAAACAAAAACAUUGUAGAAUAAUUAAAAUUACAAACUUUUUUUAGAUUACGCUUUCGAAUUUAGUGCUAUAAAAAAAUAUAAUACUUUUUUGGGGGUUUGAGCUAAUUUUAUUUCAAAACGGUGCUAUUCGACUUGCUACAGGUGUUUAAUGUGAGUUUCUAUGGGAGCGGUGAGAAAGGUUUUGCGUGAUGUUCCUAUUUGUCAUUUACCUCAGCACUAGUUUGGCAAUAGGAUUCCGAUAAUAAAGGUGUUGGUUUUACAGUUUCAUACAGCAUCACAGUUAACUACAUCAACAACAAAAAAGCCUUUAGCGAGAAUAAAAAAAAAGAUACUUCAUAGUUUGCAAACUUGAUCUUUUAGCAAGUAUAACUUGAAAUUCAAGCUUUGAUUUUUUAAAACAAAAUCAGGGAUAUUUCAACUCAUGUUCUCCUUAUGCCAACAUUGCCUGUGUUUAUCGUUUUUUAUUGUAUUAUUUUCUUCAGGGAUUUAACUUCUUUGUUUUUAAUCCCCAUUUUAUCUUUACUUGUAUAUAAAAUAACUAAAACGAACUUUGUAAAUGAUGGCAGUUUUUAAUGUACUUAAGUUGUGUACAUUGUUUUUGACUUUACAGAAGACAUUUGAAAGUACAGUACGCACUGAACUGAUAAAGGGAAAAUCAUGGCACUGACCUUGUAAACAGCAAUGUAUUUGAACCUCGCGCAAAAGAGAAAAUCCGGCAGUUAUGGUAUUAAAGGCACAUUCUGUGUCUGUGAAAAAAAAAAAAUAUAUAACCACUAAACAAUUCUGUUGGUGUUAGUUGUUUUCAAUUACAAUUAAUUACAUAUUAAUUGGGGGGGGGGGGGGGGGUAUCAGUGAGUGCUGCAGAAAACUUUUUUUUUUCAAAGCACUUUUGUUAGAAUUGUUACUUUCAAAAAACCUACAAUUUCAUUGAAAAUUUUUUUUAAAUUUAAACUUUUUUAUAUUUUAAAUAAUUUAUGCCAUAUUGUGUAUAAAACAUGUAUUUUAUAUGUUUAAAACUUGAUUUUACUUAUUUUAAUUCCUUUUUCUUGGAUGAUGUAAUUAUUGGAAUUGCCAAUAGCAUGAAUGGCCCACUUUUUUUUUUUUUUUUGCCAGUUGAUUAUUAAAUUAUUAUUUUUUAAAUAUCACAAAAUAUAAAAUAGCAGGGAAUGGUUUGGCACCACGUCUCUGUAACUGCCUCAUUAAAUUGCAUAUAGUGCUGUAUACUUUGUCACUGCUUGAUUAUUAGAAAUGCAUAUUGUAAAGGACUUGGACUUGUAAAAUAAACUGUAACUUCUGAUGUACAGGACCCAGCCUGGGUAGAGGUUAGGGUUAGGAUGAAACAGUGUACACGAUAUAUCGGGUGAUUAUAGCCAUACUUGAAGAUGCUUCAGAGUGGUGUCAGCAUUACUUGAAUGAAUUUUUGAGCUUGAUUGAUGCAAAAUAAGUGUACAUUUCACUUGUUAAACUAGCAGUUAAUGUACACUCAAGCGUUGGUAUUUAGCAGUUUGACACUAAAGUAAUGAAAUUCUGUGUUAUUUUACCGCUUUCCUCCUAUAUUUUUGUACUCUGCUUUCCUAAUUUCCAUGAUGUUUGGUAUGUUGUAAACUGGGGAUGGUUAUAAAUACUAUAAGUAUUGUCAUGUACUGAAUGCAGUUUAUUUGAAAGCUGUUAAUUGUAUCAUUCCUGAUAUUGCUGAGAUGUGGGUGUUUUUAAUAAAAUUUUUAUUUAUUUAAA